AUGCCAUCUCGGCCAAGAAGGCAAGCAAGCGAGUCAUCAGCCGAUUUACGAAAACGAACAACGACAGAUCCUUCAAACUUCCCACGAGUACUCUCUAAUUAUGUGCCAACAUGCGCGCAGUCAUGUCUUUCCACAUACAUCAAUCAGCAGUACGACUGCACAAAUGGCGACGUCUCGUGCCUGUGUUCGCAAUAUGGAAACAGCGGCUUCACGCUUGGAGAGCUGGCCCUCGUUUGUGUUUCGAUCAGUUGUCCAUCUGCCAACCAACAGGAUCCGGAUAAGGCGAAAGCAAAGGCGUACGACAUAUGCGCUGCACAGAACGAUGCUGCGGCCGCCACGCAACAAACACUUAUUCCUCCCGCGACAUCCUCUAGUCGUACCAGCAGUAGUUCCAUCCAGACCACAACGACAGCCACUACCUCAACAAUUCCGGAGCCGACCUCUACGACUCGAAGCACCGACACGCCUUUUGCCACGACAACGAGCGCACCACCCGAACCGACACCGGAACGAGCAGCAAUCACAAGCGGGCAAGCGAUCGGUAUAUCAGUAGCAGCAGUUGGAUUCGUGCUGAUUGCGGUCGGAAUGUUCUACGCCUUGGGCUGCAUCCGACGUCGUAAACGCAAGGCGGCCGAGAGAGGAACGAAACACCAUUCGUACGACUUUAUCGACGAUGCUUCGGUGCACGGGUCAGAGUUCCCGCGCGGGUUCAUCAACCAUGCCAAUCCGGGGGGCUUGGAUAUGUCUGGAGCGGUCUACUCCUCGGAGAAGCGUAACACGAACUGGCCAACUCUGCAGGUACAUCAAGAGCCAUACUAUCGCCAUGAGAAGAACUCUAGCCAGGAUACGCAAACCAGGAGAUCAGACUCGCCAGUAAGCUAUCGUAGCGCUAGCAGUAUGCGGACGACAUCUCAGCUGCUUCCGGAGAAACCAAGCGGCCUACUACUUCGUCCUCCACCAAGGUCGCCCGAGCUCGAUAAUAUGCGAACGCCCGCCACGAUUUUUGAAGAAGACCGUUUCUCAGCACAUAUCGCUCCUCCAGUGCCGAGUCUACCGAAGAACCCAAGGCAGCCACAGUUCGCGCACCAGUUUACGAAGCCAGCAGAGCACGCAAACCAGCCCUCUCUCACACUUGAUAUACCCAACCAGACCACUCAAUGCCAAGCUGUGCAGUCCUCCGAAGCAAGCCUGUUGAGAGCGGCUCCGCAGUCGUCUAUGGCGCAUCCCCCAGCUUUAAUGCCUGGUCAGUCGAUGCCUACCUUUCCUCCACCGCCCGCUUUCCAGCAUGCAGGACCGACUUUUCCUCCGCCACCAACGUCCGCGGCGCGAUCUAUCUACGAGCGACCAACGUACGGUAAUAGUAGCAAUAGCGUGCUCGACUACUAUGCGAGUCCAGAAUACGACUCUCCGACGGACCUAUACUCAUCCACUCCGAUCGAAGAUGAGACUCAGGUCCGAAAAGUCGCACCGGCUGCAAUCGCAAUCUCAAAGCCCUCUUAUCCGCCUUUGGCCGUACGUACAUCGCUUGCAUCCGACGCCUCUCGUCGAACAUCCUUUGAGAGCACGGACCCCGACGAGUCCACGCCACCGGAAGAAGAAGAUAAGAGGCUUACUCCCGUGAAAGAGGCAGCCUCACCGAUUGCCGAGAUUCGGUAUCCCAAAGUUCCUCGGAGUGCGAACCAAAGUGUGCCUAGGUCACCGGUCUAUCAAUCCGCAUAUCAAUUCCCCAUCAGACAGGACUCCCGCAGCAUCGCGAACCGCAGGCAAGAGAGAAUGCCUCAGACUCGCGACUCUGAGACAAGAGGCAGAGAGCAUGGCCACAACGCGUCAUCCAGUGGUUCAAGUCUAGCAGCAAAGCGGAGAGGCGACAGCGCCGCGAACAAGCUCCAUAUCACGACCAUCACUCCCAACAGAGCUCCUCGGACUCCGCCAAGGCAAGAGAAUGUAGCUGCAUACACCAAAGAGACACCGCUGAGAGGCUACGGCCGCACUGCCACUUCCGCCGGCGUCAAGACGCCAGACUGGCCAUUGAAGAUCGAGAUGAAGUCUCCCCCGGGAGGAUUGAAGAGUCCGCUGUGGGAGCCGAAGUUGACUCCGAGGAGAGAAGGCGAUGACUUGUAUUUGAGUGUGUCGGUAGCUACGCCGCAGCAUGCUCACUUUCCGAGGCGGUGA